UACUUAUGCUGAAACUAUUAAUGUAAUUAACAAGAUAAUCGAUACUUUUCAGAAAAUAUCGAUACCUAAAUAGCAGCUUUUGAAUAUCGAUGUAUCGAUACUGCAGCAUCGAUGUGCACAUCCCUAGCAAGUAGGGGUAUUUAUUUGGACGCAGCCAGAGUCCUCCUGCUGAGCCGAAUAGUUCGACGCAUUCCGUUACUUUAGAGACUGAACUGCGCUUCUUUACCAUAAUAUAUGAAAGCGACUCGUCUCGUUCAUCAUCAGAGGAAACUUGAACAACUCACCAGUAUAUCAGAAUCACUUUAUCUGUCGUUAUUCUCUCGGUCAUUGUGUUUGUGAGCGCGCGCGGCUGUUCCUGACGAGUCAGAGCUUAAAUCACGGAACACUUGAACAACAUCAGUCACUGAUCAACACCUACAAUGAAAACAAUCUCUUUACUCCUUAUCAUCUCUUUAUCCGUCAACGUUUGUUGUGCAGGUGCUGUGACCCAGUUAUUGAUGGUGAGUGAUGGAUUUUCUGUCACUCUUCACACUAAUACUGUAAUACAGAGUAAUGAUGUGAUCGAGUGGAGACAUGAAGAUGAACUCAUAGCUAAAGUGGACAGAGGUUCAAUCUCAGUGUUUAACGGUUCUGAUGGGACAUUUAGUGACAGACUGAAGAUAAACAAUCAGACUGGAGAUCUCACCAUCAUAGACUUCACAUUUGGACUCAUUGGACUUUAUCAUCUACAGAUCACUGGAGAGAAAACUACAAGAAAAAUAUUCAGCAUUAUUGGUCGAGGUGGUUUUACAGAUGGACUGACGUCAUUCUCAGUAAUGGAGGGAGGAUCUGUCUUUCUGAACAUUGGUGCGACUGAUAUAAACAACUAUGUGAUCCGCUGGAGGUUUGAGAACUCUCCUCUAGCUGAAUUCAGUGGAAAGACUAAAAUCAUCUCAACACAUGAUGAGAGAUUCAGAGACCGACUGGAGAUGGAGGAUUGGUCUGGAUCUCUCACCAUCACACACAUCACAACUGAUCUUUCUGGACUUUAUGAAGUCAUUGUCGACAGCAAUAGUGGAACACACACCAUACACCGGUCAUUCACAGUCACUGUCAGUGAUGCGGAUCUGUCCUCAGAUGCGUCUUCAGCUGUUAAAGGAGGAACAUGUGUUGGUGUUCUGCUGGUUGUUGCUGCUGCUUGUGUGUGGUCACAGAUUCUCUAAAGCAAGAACAUAAGAAUCAUGGAGAGAGGGAGAAAACAUCAGCAUUUAGCGAACAUCGCCUUUGUCUUGACCCGGAGACAAUUUAACUUUUUAAAAAAUAAAAACGUUUUCACUUCUACAGUUUCAAAUGAGCAGUACGCCAAAACAACGGUGUAAACCAGGAGUAAUAAUCUUUCGGUGCUAUAUCCUUUAAUGUAAUGUAAAAAUGUAGCGAAAAAUACAAGUCAGUCUGAGCAUUUAAACACAAGUAAUAUCCCUGAAUAAACUCAAUCAUUUUUAUUCUA